GAGGGCGCCACGCGGGGGGCGCGGCUGGGGCGCCUCGAAGGGCAAGCGCCAAGGGGGCGCGGGCGCCGCCGGAAGCUGGGGCGGGGCGCCCAGCGGGAUGCGGUGAAGGGCGAGCGGCGCGGCGGUUGCAAUGAGUGCCUCUGCGGCCACCGGGGUCUUCGUGCUGUCCCUCUCGGCCAUCCCGGUCACCUAUGUCUUCAACCACCUGGCGGCCCAGCAUGAUUCCUGGACUAUUGUAGGGGUUGCUGCCCUCAUCCUGUUCCUGGUAGCACUGCUGGCUCGUGUCCUCGUCAAAAGAAAACCACCCCGGGACCCGCUGUUCUAUGUGUAUGCAGUUUUUGGAUUUACCAGCGUGGUGAACCUCAUCAUAGGACUGGAGCAAGAUGGAAUCAUUGACGGGUUCAUGACACACUACUUGAGAGAGGGUGAACCAUAUCUGAACACUGCCUAUGGGCACAUGAUCUGCUACUGGGAUGGCUCUGCUCAUUAUCUGAUGUACCUGGUGAUGGUGGCAGCCAUAGCAUGGGAGGAAACUUAUAGAACCAUUGGCCUAUAUUGGGUUGGAUCUAUUAUUAUGAGUGUUGUUGUUUUUGUGCCAGGAAACAUUGUAGGGAAGUAUGGAACACGAAUUUGCCCUGCUUUUUUCUUAAGCAUACCAUAUACUUGUCUUCCUGUCUGGGCUGGUUUCAGAAUCUAUAAUCAGCCAUCAGAAAAUAAUAAUUACCCCUCAAAGGUUAUUCAAGAAGCCCAAGCGAAAGACCUGCUGAGAAGACCAUUUGAUUUAAUGUUGGUCGUGUGUCUCCUCCUGGCAACUGGAUUUUGCCUGUUCAGAGGCUUGAUUGCUUUGGAUUGCCCAUCUGAGCUCUGCCGAUUAUAUACGCAAUUUCAAGAGCCCUAUCUAAAGGAUCCUGCUGCUUAUCCUAAAAUUCAGAUGCUGGUGUAUAUGUUCUAUUCUGUUCCUUACUUUGUGACUGCACUGUAUGGCUUACUGGUUCCUGGAUGUUCCUGGAUGCCUGACAUCACAUUGAUACAUGCUGGAGGUCUGGCUCAGCAAAUACUUGCUUAUGAAAUGGAGUCUCAUCUUAUGGGAGUAUCUGACACAUUCGUCACAGAAAGCACUCUCCAGCAAGGCAUGGUGGCUCACACCUGUAAUCCCAGCACUUUGGGAGCCCGAGGCUCAGUUUUCUCACAUUGGUGCAUCUCUUCAUGCUAGAACUGCUUAUGUCUACAGAGUCCCUGAAGAAGCAAAAAUCCUUUUUUUAGCAUUAAACAUAGCAUAUGGAGUUCUUCCUCAGCUCUUGGCCUAUCGUUGUAUCUACAAACCAGAGUUCUUCAUAAAAACAAAGGCAGAAGAAAAAGUGGAAUAAAAAUAUUACUUCAUGUUCUUCCUUUCUAAAUUACUAACUUUUGUUAUACUGGUACUAAUAUUUUGUCCCAUUUCACUCUCUUCUCAUACAUGAAUACUUAAGAAUAUGUACAUUCUUGCUCUGCACUGUAUGUGUGAGCUAUAUGGUAUUGUGUAAAUUUUUUUUGAAGGAAAAUGGAAAUUCUUGAGAAAGUUUGUUUAAAGAAAUAUAUUCAAAAUCAUUUGUGAAUAAACUUGAUCAUCCAUCUCAAUAUUCUGUUUGACGUAUAAAAUAAUUAUAAGUGUAAAAAAUUACAAUUUAGUGCCAAUAGUAGUGAGCAUGAAAUGAAACUGUUCAAAAGAGAAUAUGGCCUGUGCAUAUUAAAAAAUUCAAAACAAUGAAUGCAGACUGGAGGAGUAACUUUUGCAAAUAAGAUGAAUAUGCUUCAUUAUUAACCUCAAUGUAAAAGGCAAAUCAUCAGAAUAUUUUUAAAUGUUGUUUGAAAAAUGUUUUCCCAAGGAGUUUAUUAUUUGCUGCUGUUUUAAGAAAAUUAAUUUUACUAAAUAUUUUUGUGUGAAUUUAAACAGCUAAAUAGGGAUCAAUAACUUUAUCUCUAUCCUUAAUGAACACUUGUUUUAUUGGUGGCUGGAAAUAUUUAUAUUGUAUUUCUGUGUAUAUUUUUAAUAAAAUUAUUUUUGGCCUCUUAUGAAGAUAAA